AUGGAAUAUCCAGACAGCUUCGCGGGCCUUGCCGAAGCGCUUGUUGAUUCAGGUGUGGAUCCCGAGAUGCUGAUGUGGCUGGAGUCCCUCGAUGUAGACAACAUUAGUGCAGCGGCACACGCGCUUGAAGCCGGUCGACUGCCGCCCGAGCUGUCUGGUUCAGUGCAAGCGUUGCUAACAUUUGCCUUGGGGCCCGAUGUGGUCAAGCGUGGUGAAAAGAGCAUGAGCGAGGCGCCGCCCGCAAAGUUGAGAAGAACCGAUCUUCCUGUAGCCAAGCCAACUGCAGCAGGCUCUUUGGCCAAGGCGUUAGAGUCGGCAAGGCCCUCAGCGCGAGAGGCUACGCUCGCUAGCUUCAAGCGUGAUGUGUGGGCGCCCAGCAACCAGAAACCGCAGGCCUCUCGGUGGCGGACUUGGUCAAAGGUGUGUGACGCCUGGGGAAUUCCGGCUUUGCCGCUAUCGCGGGACGGAAUCGAAAAGGUGGCGGCCUCCUUCAAGGCAGGAGGGUAUAGAUCAGCGCGCCAGUACUUUGCCAGGGCUCGCAGAGAGCAUGUGCUUCAGAUGAAAGCAGAAGUGCCGCCAGAUGUGCUGCUGUGCAUGAGAGAUGCUCUUCGUUCUCUUGAGCGUGGAAUAGGUGGUCCUGCGCUUAAGGACGCAUUCCGUUUUGAAGAGGUGGUGCUGCCCAGCCCCUUCGAGGAAAUUCCGAGUACCCGUCGACAGGCCGUGUGCAUGUUAGUGCUGGGAUGCUGGUUCCUGCUUAGAGAGAUCGAGAUCGCAGCGUUGCAGAGCAAGCACUUGACUGUUGAUUGCGAGCGCAUGGAGGUGACCCUCACACUAGCAGCAAGUAAGUGUGACCAGCAAGGCAACCUUGUUUUGCGAAAACAUGGAUGUUAUUGCGACCACGUUCCUGCAAGAAUGUGCCCGUACCACAAUGCUGUGGCUUUCGAGAAGAUUCGCCCGAAGAAUUUGGAAGCUCCGCUUUUUCUCAGCUCUCGCGGUCAUGAGUUGUCUAAACAUGAGACCAUCCAGUUGAUCCGCAGAACACUGUCGGCGUCGCCAUUCGCUAUGAAGCGUGCAGGUGCUCAGGGCCAGGCGAUGCUUGAGCGUUUCAAUGGCCACGUCCUUCGAGUUUCGGGUGCACAGUUUUUGGCCAGACGCCUCGUGCCUCUGCCUACCAUCAUGUUGUUGGGGCGGUGGGGCAGCCGCAGUGUCGAGAGAUACGUGCAGGAGGCAGCCCUGGAGACAUUCUCCUUGGAUCAGAUCUUUGACCCCUCGGUGCAUGUCGCCGAGCCAGCGAAGAAGAAGCGGGAUCAGUUGAACUGCGAGGCUGUUGGAGACUCUCUGGCAGCUCUGACUGAGAAGCUCGAAAUCUUGGCAGCUCGCGUGGAAGCAUUGCAAGAGAGGCCGCCGCUCGUGGUGGGCAAGAAAGCCCAUGCGCGAGACCCUCAUGAACUCGACAAGCUGCCAGUCACAUGGAGGACAAGGUGUGGCCUGUGGCAGUAUGGUUGUGCUGCGUUCACGAGAGCGAGCGAAGCCCCUGUGGCCACACGCUGUCGCCGCUGCUUUCCAGAAUGUGCCGAGGAUGGUGAGAUUGACAGCAACCGAGAAGAGUCAGGCUCCAACACUUCGUCAGACUCGAGCUCGUCAGACUCGGAGACAGACUGA